GAGGCGUGUCCUUGGCUGACCGCGUCAGAGACACAGCAUGAGGGACGGGAGAGGGUCUCCUGGCACCUGCCUCGCAAAAGUGAAGAGGGAGGGCGAGGACCCGGACAAACGACUCUGCAGACUCAGAGGAGCAGAGGAGGGGAGCCCUGCGUCCUGGGCGAUGGCGCCGGCCGUUGGUGAAAGUGGGAAUUUGCAAAAUGAGACCUUAUCACUGGAAAAGAAAAAUGACGUGAGUGAGGUCAGCCUCUCACUUCACAGUGGUGGGAACGUGUUUCCAUAUUUGAAAGAAUCAGGAAGAAAAAACUCCGCUUCCAUAGCGGCUCCGAGCAAGACUGCGGCUCUGCUCCCUGCGCCUGCAGAAGGCCGUUUUGCUGGGCUGGCCUGUGGCGUCACAGAAGCCUCGGUGAGGGACUGGCUGGGAGGGGGGCCCAGAGCCACCGACAGGCACAGAAGACCGUGCCACAAAGGAGAGCCUUGCGGGUCAGGACUGCCAUGCCGUCAAAAACUGUCAGAAGUGGGCAUUUCUGAGGACGAGCCACCAAGCACCUGCCUUGAGGGACAAGGCUCUGUGCUGCAGCCAGCUUGCCUGCGUCCUGUCCUGUCUGCAGUGCUGCAUGCAUGCCCCGCAGUGCUCCCGGAUGACGAGACCGGCUGUGCGCCCCCUGGCCGUUCAGAGCCCAUGUUCUCAGAGCAGACGGUAGAAUACAAGGAAAUGCUUCCACGUGUGAAAAGUACCGCAGACGAUCUGCAGAUGACGCUGGUGUUACUGGCUGUACAAGCUUUGAAGGCAAAGCCGUUAUGCCAUAGUUAAGGUGCAAGCUGAACAAUAAACGUAGCAAGAUUACUUUUAAACGUUGUCUUAGAAUGAUUUCUUUGCGAUAAGUCUGGAUGCAGACAGUGCAGCCGUGAAGUUCCUGGUUUUUAUGACCAGAUAAAAUAAGUGAAAUUUAAACUUGUGGGAAGCUGGUUGAUGCAGAAGAAAAUUUUUAAACACGAUCUAAAAUUGUGCUUGAAAGACAUUCAGGAUUGGGAAACCAUUUCAAGGAGAACAUUGACAUAUCCUAUAUAAACAUCAGAUUAGAACAUCAAGAUUUAACAUAAAGUCGUUUAUAUGCCUUCACCCAUUCUAAAGGGCUGCUGUCCCAGAUACUGUCCCCCCCUCAUCCCCUUGCUUGUCUCUGCUCAUCUCAUGUAGGUGGGUAUUUGUAAAAGUCAGCCCAGCCCCUCUGUACUUGCCCUGAGCCUUGCUGAGUUGAUGGUGAGUUGCUACCAUUUCUGCACUUUGUAGAAUAAUUUUGGUUUGCAUCAAAAUUUUACUUCUUUUCUCAAAUCCCUUUCCUUCCACUUGAAACACAAGUCUACUGGAGGCCCUAUGGUGAGGGUUGCAAUACAAAACUUCUUUAGAAUAAACCUUUCUCAAACUAGGAACGCCAGCGGUGUUCCCUGAAGUGGAAGGGAGUGAGAGACUGCAGUAGCUCGUCGCAGAGGCGAAUGGAAUAUUUCCCUUGUAGACAGUCCCAGUUUCUAGGAGCUGAGAUUUCUCAUAUUAAGAUUUUUCUGAGAUAACUCCUUUUGUCGUUUGUUGACAACUUUGAUAAAGGUCAAUUUAAGAGGGUGAGUUUUUAAAGAGUCCCAAAGUAAGACAACCAUUUUAGGGAUUAUGGAUUGCAUAUAUCAGUUUAUACUGUGUGCUGCUUUAGUAUUUUGGGAAAAUGAAAAAUAAAAUUUCUUUAGCAAAAUAAAUGUCUUAUUUUAUGUGUG